AUGAUUAAGCCCAUAUUAUUUUGGAACCUUAGGGGUCUGGGAACCUCAAAGAGAAGGUUAGUAAAGUUAGUUCAUUUGUAUAAACCGAAGAUAAUUGCAUUGGCGGAACCUUUUUUGAAUGUUAGUCACUUGAGUCGGUUACAGGCUAAGCUUCAUAUGGAGAACAGUGUCUCUAAUGAGGAUAGUGGAGGCAAGAUUUGGUUACUAUGGGCAGCUGGAGUCAAGGUUAAAGUGUUGAACUAUUUUGCCCAAUCCUUGACGGUCAGUCUAGAUGAAAACAAUUGUCAGUUUAUUAUCUCCUUUAUUUAUGCUACGUGCCGACAACUAGAAAGAAGAGAUUUAUGGGAUAACCUUCAUAGUAUUAACCCAGGAAAUGUUCGGUGGAUGGUUCUUGGGGAUUUCAAUAUAAUUCGAGUUGAUGGAGAACGUAGAGGUGGAAGGCCAAGAUCAGCUGUGGCUAUGGCAAAGUUUAAUUCUCUGAUUGAGGACUCUGGAUUGGUGGAGAUGAAUUAUGAAGGAUAAUACCAAAUAUGGCUUCCCAACCUUCAAAUACCAGCGGAUGUGGGAAACCCACUCGGACUUCUGGAAGUGUGUUAUGGACUCAUGGGGCUCACAGAAGGGAGGUGUAGGCAUGCUUGGCCUAACGGGGAAAUUAAAG